UUUGCACAAGAUGGUUGAGUAGUGGUUUAAUAAAAGAUUGGCUAGAAUGCCAUGCAUGUGCCAUGUCUGGGCAGGAAGGAGAGAAUAUGAGCAUUUUUUGCAACGUGAAUUGAGGAGGAGGAGGAGGGACCGACAUUGCCUUUUGGGUGGUCAUUCAGUCAUUGGAGUUGAUCUGCUUCAUCUGUAGUUCAGAAAGAAAGACUCGUGCCUGGGAUUGCAGCCUCCGUGAUGUAAAAAAGUGAACGUUUUAACAGUGCAGACGACUUAUUGAUGCCUAAAGAUCACCAUCGUCCUUUUUGCAUAGGCACAGCCACAUGCAGCUGGCACUGUGAGGUGGUUAUAUUAGAUAGCCUAUAACACCGAGAAAAGCCCAAACAUGGAACUUUUUUGCUUGGAAAAGGACACAAUCAUGCGAGCUCAGAGAGAUCCCAACAUCUUCUGCGAUGAAAGAGUAUUGCAAAGUCUUCUAACAGUGGAGGACAGAUAUGUUCCGCAGGGACCCUAUUUUAAACGUGUCCAGAAAGAUAUUCAGCCUUUUAUGAGGCGGAUGGUCGCGACGUGGAUGCUGGAGGUUUGUGAAGAGGAGAAAUGUGAAGAGGAUAUCUUUCCCUUGGCAAUGAACUACCUGGACAGGUUUUUAGCUGCAGUUCCUACAAGAAAAUGUUUCUUGCAGCUUUUAGGGGCCGUUUGUCUCUUCCUGGCUUCAAAAUUAAAAGCAUGCCAGUCGCUGUCGGCCAGGAAGCUCUGCAUGUACACGGACAACUCUAUUACAUCUCAACAACUGCUGGUAAGAGCUUUGGUGGUUCUAAGUAAAUUAAAAUGGAACCUGGCUGCCAUCACCCCUCUUGAUUUUAUCGAACACAUCCUGCACAAACUGCCCUUCCCUGAAGACAGACAGACGCUGAUCCGCAAACACGCGCAAACCUUCAUCGCCCUCUGUGCAACAGAUCACAGCUUCACCAUGUACCCUCCCUCCAUGAUCGCCACAGGAUGUGUGGGGGCAGCAGUAUGUGGCCUCCAGCCCAACCAGAGCAACCAAAAUCUGUGGGGGGACAAUCUGACGGAGCUGUUGGCUAAAAUCACCCACACUGAGGUGGACUGUCUGAAAUCAUGUCAAGAGCAGAUUGAGCAGUUACUGACCAGCAGCCUGAAAGAAAGUCAACAACAACAGGACGGCAGAGCCAACAACAAAGGGACACAAUCUCAAAAUCUGUCCUGCACCCCUACAGAUGUCCGUGAUGUCAAUUUAUGAUGUCAGUUCCCGUUCCUAUCCACCACACCUACUCAGCCUACAAAUGAUUCAGUUAUUAUUGUAUUACUGUAUUUAAGUUUUAUUUCAAAGCCACAUAAGGUGACUGUGACGUCAUGGUCAUAUGCGCAUAAUAUACAAACACAAGCUUGACGUUUUAUUAAGGAGCAAAGCAGCUGCUGCUGCCGUCUCAUAUCUGCAGGCGGUGGCGUUUUACAUACUUGAAUUUAAAUUGAAUCGGCCUCAAACCAUGAUUAAAUAAUGCAGUAUGUGGUAUAUUGCUUAACAAAGAGCAUACAUCUGUAUUGGCUAUCAUAUGCAACUUUAUCUAUUAAUACUAUUGAUAUUUUAUUGAAUAAUUAUAAUAAUAAGGACAAUAUUACAUUAUUACUAAGAAUGUUAUGCUUUAUAAUAUAAAUA